AUGGAGCCAUCACCCACAACCCGGUUACCAUCAGUGUCGAGCCUACUCUCGCCCCCAAUGUCAAAACCUCACGACACUUUCAAUACGACGCCCUCCAAAUCUCCUUCGACCUCCUACAAACGAGAGUUCACUCCGGACGACAAGCUCGCUCCUUUGCGCCACAGUUCAGGCGACAAAAUGAAGACGUCUCCGGAUAUUAAAAUGCAUAUGUUCCCAUCUCCUCCUGUCUCGCCCUGGCAAGAAAGAUUGCACAAACCAGAAAGAGCAUCGCAAGGACAUGUCAGAAAAUCAAGUGACCUCAAGGAUCCUCCUCUGUUCGCAGAGAGUGAGACAGGCAGCAACAAUGAAGAGCCUUUGUUUCAUCCAAGGCCUGUGGAACCGACCGACGAGUCGAUAACUUUGCACAUCAAGAAUCAUUUGAACCAGUUUCCCGACAAGUUCAACAAGCCAAGGGUGGAGGAGUACCAAUUAGCAGUCGGUUUCUUUAGCAAAAUUGGUAUUGGUUCUCUGUACAACCGGGAUCCUGCUGCCUACUUGAAACGACAUCGGGAAGAGGAGGAAAGCACAUACUAUCAGACCAAGCGCAUAUGUGCUGGGCCAGGUGUGAAAGCUGGUCGGCCUGUCGCCAUCGCACCGGCCCCAAAGCCUAACAAACGCGCAAUCAAGCCAAUUACACCAAAGUCUACAGCUCCUCGGGUCAAGCGAACACCUAAGAACUCACCACAAUACAAGAUGCUUGAUUACGAGCCCAAAGGCCGGUCAACUACGCCACGUCAGACUGGCCAGAAGAAGGAGCCGGAUAUCAACUACAAUGCGUUCAAAGAUUACGCCCCUCCUCCUGACACCGUCGACAUCGACCACCAUUUCCCUGUCGAUACCAUCAAGCAUCCCACUCCUCUCGAUCUAUCCAAUGAUCCUGACCGCCACCUUCUACGUGAGCCAGAGUUUCGACUUGCCUCGGCUAUCCGGCUACCUGUUGCGCAAUACCUCACACAGAAACGACGUAUAUUCCAAGGUCGGGUCGAAGCGCUUCAGCGGGGUCAGGAGGUCUUCAGGAAGACAAAUGCGCAACAGGCUUGCAAAGUCGACGUGAACAAGGCGAGCACGAUGUGGAGUGGAUGGGAAGCGGUCGGUUGGUUUGAUAAGCACUGGUUCGAGCAGUACAAGGACGACGUGAUCGAAUAG